CGCCGCCCAAGCGGAACCUCCAGCUAUCAAAUGCCCCUCCAUAGGUACAUAAUUUCGGCCAAGCCCAGCUUGAACCACCCCUCCGCUCCCUUCCACGUCCAAACACCAGACCGCACCACAUAUUGCGUCCCAGGUUCGAGGUAGUGCCGGCCGCUGCAGACAAACCCCUCCCGUCUUCCUGCCCUCCACGCCUUCUCUCAAUUGGCACUCAAAACAGCCACAACCCCCCGCCAUGGCUGCCCUCCAGGAGCUCGCCGACCGGACAAAGUCGGACGACAAGACGUACGUCGACACGGACGUGGGCGUCGACGGCGACGCCGCCGACGGUUCCGAGUCCAAGCCCUACAAGAGCCUCGGCUAUGCCUUCAUUCAGAACCACGGCCAGACGGCCAAGACGUACCUAACGCGCGCCUCGACGACGGGCGCGCUGGGCCCCGACGAGGAGCCCUCGGUCCGGCUGAUGUGGAAGGAGCCGGCCAAAAGCGCGGCCAAGAAGGCCCAGUCCAUGCUGGACGCGCACAAGAAGAAGCUGCAGAAGCAGGAGCAGCUGGCGGCGGCCGAGGAGGAGACGCGCCAGAAGCGCCUCAAGAACCUCGAGGAGGCAAAGUCCAUCGUCAUAAAGGAGGACCCCGCCCUGCCCCCCGCGGCGCGCGUCGAGCUGUGGCAGAAGGACCUCGAGCUGGGUGAGGGCGAGGCCAAGGGCCCCCGGGUCAAGGUGUUUGGCCGCAUCCACCACCUGCGCGCGCAGAAGCACGCCACCUUUGUGACGCUCAAGAGCGGCGCCGACUACCUGCAGUGCAUCAUGUCAGGCGACCUCACAAAGACGUACGAGGCGCUGCUCUUCGCCCAGGGCACCGCGCUCUUCGUCUACGGCGAGCUGCGCAAGGUGCUCGACGGCAAGUCGGCCCCCGACGGCCGCGAGCUGCAGGUGGACUACUUUGAGGUCACGGGCCGCGCGCCCGGCGACGCCGAGGCCCUGGCCAACAAGGUCUCGUGGUCGCAGGACAUCUGGGAGUCGGACAUGCUGGACAACAGGCACCUCGUGCUGCGCGGCGACACCACCACGUCGGUGCUCACCAUCCGGGAGGCGGUCGAGCUCGCCUUCAUCAAGACGUACGAGAGCAUGAGGAUCAAGAAGGUCUCGCCGCCCGCCAUGGUGCAGACCCAAGUCGAGGGCGGCUCGACGCUGUUCCAGUUUGACUACUACGGCGAGCCGGCCUACCUCACGCAGUCGUCGCAGCUGUACCUGGAGACGGCGCUCCCCUCGCUCGGCAACGUGUACUGCAUCGAGAAGUCGUUCCGGGCCGAGAAGAGCCUCACGCGCCGCCACCUGUCCGAGUACACGCACGUCGAGGCCGAGCUGGACGGCAUCGUGUUCGAGGACCUGUUGAGCCACAUCGAGGAGGUAAUCUGCCGCGUCGUCGACGGCGUGCUGGAGAACCCCGAGGCGGCCAAGCACAUCAAGGCGCUCAACCCCGAGUUCGUCAAGCCCUCGCGCCCCUUCAUGCGCAUGAGGUACUCGGACGCCAUCGACUGGCUCAACGCGCAGGACCCCCCGAUCCUCAACGAGGAGGGCCACCCGCACGCGUUUGGCGACGACAUCGCCGAGGCCGCUGAGCGCAGGAUGACCGACAUUAUCAACCGGCCCAUCCUCCUGACGCACUUCCCGGUCGAGAUCAAGGCCUUUUACAUGAAGAAGGACCCGAGCGACCUGCGGGUGACGGAGAGCGUGGACGUGCUAAUGCCGGGCGUGGGCGAGAUCGUGGGCGGCUCCAUGAGGAUGGAGGGCCACGACGACCUCCUGGCGGCCUUCAAGAGGGAGGCCAUCGACCCGGCCCCGUACUACUGGUACCUGGAUCAGAGGAAGUACGGCACGUCGCCGCACGGCGGCUACGGCCUUGGGCUCGAGCGGUUCCUGGCGUGGAUGGCGAAGCAACACACGGUGCGCACGUGCUGCCUGUAUCCCCGCUUCAUGAACCGCUGCAAGCCCUGAGAAGGGAGCGGUCUCUCUUUUUCGUGAUGCAUGGGUUGGGAAGGUGGAGGACUACUUUUCCCCGUUAUUUUGCUCAUUUUUCUUCCAUUUCUUUCUUCUGUCUGUCCCUUUUUAUCCUUUGAGCGGGCGUGGAUAGACCGGGGAAACGAAUCAGAGAUGGGGCCAUGCUCUGCUUUCUUGGCCGGGAUAGAAGUAAAGAAGAGAAAAAAAAG